AUGGCGACUCUGGUAGACUCGAUACUGAACUCAGACGCCUUCGGCGCAACACCAUCAUCCCCACGACGGGCUCAAAACGGCAUCUCUUCCUCCUCCCGAGCGCGUCCUCUACCUUCCGAGAGCAAUGGCAUCCCUUCAGAAGCCGACGUGUUCCCAGAUGAUGAGGUCGUGGGCGCUGCGCGCAAUAGGCGUCGAAACCCCCUGGAUCGCAAUGUCCCGCAAGUCACGGACAAGGCAGGAGAGAAGGUGCAACAAGCGUUUGAAGAUUUCCUUGAAUCGCAUACUGAAGAGCCAUCGUCUUCAGCAGCGCCUCCUUCCAGCGAGCUGAGAACAGAUAAAUACUACAUCAAUCAAAUCCACGGUCUGCGAGAAUUCCAGCUCUCGACCCUCUACGUCGACUUUCGGCAUCUUCUAUCCUACAAGGAAGGCCCCAUCCUCGCCGACGCGAUCGCGAACCAGUACUAUCGAUUCCUACCAUUCUUGAUCCAAAGUCUACACAAUUUGCUCUCCAAAUACGAGCCUGUCUAUUUCAAAGAUCACCGUCAGAUCACGAGCAAUGCCUCACAGGCAGGCACCUCAUUGGCAGGAAACGCGACAAGUGAGGGCAGCAGCCAGGGAGAAAAGACCCUCAACCAACAGACUGACAAAUUGUUCACCUUGGCUUUUUACAAUCUUCCGCUUGUAUCAAGAGUGCGACAAUUACGGACCGAUCAAAUCGGCAAACUGCUCUCCGUCUCAGGCACAGUCACGCGAACCUCAGAAGUUCGUCCCGAGCUGGCUCUCGGAACAUUCAUCUGCGAAGCAUGCAACACCACCGUCCCCAAUGUUGAACAGACAUUCAAGUACACCGAGCCGACAGUGUGUCCUAAUCUCACCUGCGGUAACAAGGUGGCAUGGCGGUUGGACAUCCGCAACAGCACUUUCGUGGACUGGCAGAAAUGUCGAAUCCAAGAGAACAGCUCAGAAAUCCCAACUGGAAGCAUGCCACGCACGAUUGAUGUCAUUCUUCGAGGAGAACAAGUCGAACGAACGAAGCCCGGUGAGAAGUGCAUCUUCACAGGCACGAUGAUAGUGGUACCCGAUGUUUCUCAGCUAGGUAUCCCCGGUGUCAAGCCCGAGGCGUCAAAAGAUAAUCGAAAUUUCCGAGGAGCAGACGCGGGCGGCGCAGGAGUCUCAGGGUUAAAAGCCUUGGGUGUUCGAGAUUUGACAUAUCGUAUGGCAUUCCUGGCCUGCUUCUCUUGCCCUGAUACCACCACACCGGGACAGUCAGCUAGUCAGCUGAACGGCCAAUCCAUGAACAUUCUCAACUCGCUCCAACAGACAGACCUUUUCGAGAAAUACGACGACGGAAUCAAGGCUCAAGAAGCAUAUCUCGAGACCCUAACGCAAGCUGAAAUUGACGAACUGAGGAACAUGGUUCACUCUGACAAAAUCUACAGCCGGCUGGUCAAUAGUCUCGCACCUACUGUGUACGGCCAUGAGAUUGUGAAGAAGGGUCUUCUCCUCCAGCUCCUAGGUGGUGUCUCAAAAAUGACUCCGGAGGGCAUGGCCCUGAGAGGAGACAUCAACAUCUGCAUAGUUGGCGACCCGUCAACCUCUAAAUCGCAGUUUUUGAAAUACAUUGCCUCAUUCCUCCCCCGAGCCGUGUACACCUCGGGCAAAGCAUCCAGCGCAGCAGGUCUCACAGCUGCGGUUGUGAAAGACGAAGAAACUGGCGAACACACCAUCGAAGCCGGCGCACUUAUGCUCUCCGACAGCGGCACCUGCUGCAUCGAUGAAUUCGACAAGAUGGACAUAUCUGACCAAGUCGCCAUCCAUGAAGCCAUGGAACAGCAGACCAUCUCGAUCGCGAAGGCCGGCAUUCACGCCACCCUGAACGCACGUACAUCCAUUCUCGCAGCCGCAAACCCUAUUGGCGGCCGAUACAAUAGAAAGACAACUCUUAGAGCAAACAUCAACAUGUCCGCGCCCAUCAUGUCCCGCUUUGACCUCUUCUUCAUAAUCCUGGACGAAUGUAACGAAGCCACGGACCGCCAUUUGGCAGACCAUAUUGUCAACCUGCACAUGCUCAAAGACGAUUUCGUGCAACCCGAGUUCAGCACGGAGCAACUACAGCGGUACAUCAAGUUCGCGCGCACCUUUAAACCCAAGUUCACCCCAGAAGCAAAGAGAUUGCUAGUUGACAGAUAUAAAGAGCUCAGGGCGAACGACACAGGAGGUGUAGUGGGCAAGAAUUCAUACCGCAUUACAGUCCGGCAGCUCGAGUCUCUGAUCAGAUUGAGUGAAGCGAUCGCCAAGGCAAACUGCGUGGAGGAAAUCACCGAUUUCAUGGUCAACGAGGCAUUCGAUCUGCUGAAGCAGUCGAUCAUCAGCGUCGAACAGGAUGACGUGGAAGUUGAAGAUGACGAAGUCGAGAACCAAGCCCAGGCCGUGCAGGACGGCGCGGAAGGAAACAGUCCUAUGGCAAAUGCGGAUGGUGACAACGAGGAGCAAGAUGGAGCGGCUCCCCCUGAUGCUCGUGCCUCCGCUACUCCAGCACCAAGACCCACUACCAAGAUCACAUUCGAGAAGUUUCACACCAUCCGGACCAUGCUGGCCACUCGUAUACGCGACGAAGAAGACCGCACUGGCGAGGGACCCGAGCGAGAUGCUCUUUUGUUGUGGUACCUCGAGCAGAUUGAAGAGCAGCUGGGCAGUGAAGACGAUGUCGAGCGCGAGAGGGCAUUGGCGCGGAAGGUGUUGAAGAAGAUGGUCAAGGAUAAUGUGAUCAUUGCGAUUCGAGGAGAAGGUCUUGUUGAAGGCGAUGACGACGACGCCGGCGCGAACCAGAGGUUAACGUACGCGUUACACCCGAACUGCGGCCUCUUCGACGUAGAAUGA